AUGUUUGCCACGUGCUGCUCGCAUCCAUCCUCGCUCUCGAGCCUCCGGGGCCUCCCAGAGACAGCCCGCGGGCCCCUGGACGCUGCCUUCCCCUGCGGCGUGCUCGGACCCGAAGCUGGCCCUCUCCUUUUCCGGGCCUUCGCCCCUCAGGCCGCUGCGCAGGUUAUGAGUCGGGUCGGGGAACACAGGGGCCCGCCGGCCUCACCCACCCAAAGGACUUGGGCCCCAGGGAACAGCUUUUUCUUGUGCUUAUUGUUCGGACGGGGCCGACUGAGGCAGGGAAGGCGAGCUGCGGCGUCUCAGUCUGGGACGACAGAAAGCAAAAAGCAAACACAAAAACAACUCGGCCUUCCUACCUGCCUGAGGAGUGCUGACGCGAUCCCGAGAGGAUUCAACCGACUACUUGGGAACUGGUCCACAGUAGCGACCGGCGGCACUAGCAACCGACGGCGGCGGUACUGGAGCGUUGGCCGCCGGGGUCUGGCCCAUUUCCUCGGCCGGGGCUCGGGACGGCGGCAGGGGCGCGCCUCCGACGCGAGGGCCCGGGAAUCGCUAGCCUGGGUGUUGGAGGGGUGCUUGCGAAGUGUGGCGUGGAGGGGACGGGGCAGAGCCUCGGGCUGUGCCCGGCCACCGGGGCCUGCGGUCUGUGCCUUUACAACACCCUUCAGCGUGAGGCAUCAUCAGGCGCGUGCUGUGUGCAGACCCCAGCUUCCCCAUCGGAUGCCAGAGCAAAAGAAGAAAAGGUCUGAGGUGUCAGAGAAAAAGAAAAGGAAAUUCAAGGAGUUAGUGGAAGGAGAGAAGCCCCUAAAGAAGAAGAAGUUGAGUGUCAAGAUAUCCUCAGACCCAUUGGAUACAGAAAUUUCUCAGAUGGAUGCAGCAAGUGAUGAGGAAAAGCAAGAUGAGCAGGAACUGACUACAGAGGAAAUGAGAACCCUGGAAAGAAAACUGAAGAAGGAACGAAAGAAAGAACAAAAGAAACAGCUUCGGGAAGCAGGGAUACGUGUUGUAAAAGAAAACCCUGAGAAACCCUCUGGAGCCGAGUUGGCCUUAGACUAUCUCACUAGUUGGGCCAAUAAGCGUGAGGAAUGGAAGUUUCAGAAGACAAGGCAGACCUGGCUCCUGCUUCAUAUGUAUGACAGCAAUAAGGUCCCAGAUAAGCAUUUCUCCAUUCUGCUGGACUAUCUGGAGGGUCUGAAAGGAAGGGCCCGAGAGGUGACAGUGCAGAAAGCUGAAACGCUCAUGAAGAAACUGGAUAAUACAGAGCCUGAAGAUUCAAGCUUACUAGAGAAGAGUGAAAGAAUCCGGCAAAUCCUGCAGCUGCUUUCCUAAAAGAGAACAAGCCCACAUCUCUGCAGCUCCUCCAGCAGAAGAAAAGUUGUCUUCCCAAAAUCUCAGGAAAAGAUGACUCUCCCCUUCUCUCACCUGAAUGUAUAUGGAUGUGUGUGCACAUGUGCAUGCACACACAACAGAGUGUUUUUUCUAAAUUUCAGCGUCUGACCUUCUCCCAGGCAAAUUAUCUGGAGAAGGUAAAGAAGGCUUUGUUGUUCAAACCUAUUAUUUCUAUUUCUAGAUACAAGCUUUGGUUAUGUCUGAUGAUCUCUUUCUGAUGUGAUUUGAUCUUAUCGGGGAUAUAGAAAAAAAUGGUCCUUUUGUGUUUUUUUAAAUGUUCCUAGAUCAGAGUAUUAUCACCUUGAAAUGAUAUAAAGAGAUCCAAAUCCUUGGUUUUAGAAGGGUCUCCAAAGCCCAAGUUUGAGAAGGCGGGGGAAGGGAGAAAGGAGAGACAGAAAGAGGGAAAAUCAGUGUGUGUGUAUGUGUGUGUGUGUUUUACAAAGGAAUGGUUUUCACAAAUGGAUACAGAACACAGCCUUUACCCUGCCAGCUGUAAUCCAUCACUGUCAGCAGCAUAUGCAUAUUGUUGGGAUCUGUGUAUCCCACAAGUAGAGGGUAAUGAAUUGGGUUUUUUGGUAGUAACCUGUCUUGAGUUCAGCAAGGGAUCUCAGAGCUAUGGAGUGUCUCUAGUUUUAUCUCCUCAUUUUCCAGCUUUCCACAACACUUGUUGCUUGGUUACAGUGCAAGCACUGGAGUGGAGGGGAAAUGGGGGGAGGGAAGGGGUGCUGCAAAUCAGCCAAAUUGUGUACCUGGAUGGGCAGAAAAUGGAAUGGGUUGGCCUUAUUUUUAAUAAAAACAAAGCCUGGCCAUUGUGCUAUUAACUCUCA